UUUAGUCUUUACGACAGUAUGUAUAAAGGUGUGCUUUAGGCCCUCAAGGGUUUUUCACUUUAUUGUACGACGAUACCUUUGAUCUAAUAACAAUCAAACAGAUUGAGAAUGGAUUCAUCUCCCGAGGGGAACUCAGAAUGUGCGCAACAACAGAAGAUCGAGAUUCAGAACAGCCACAACGAGAAACUCGUCGGUCUGCUUCACGAAACUGGUUCAAGAGAAGUCGUGGUGUUAUGCCACGGAUUCAAAUCGGACAAGAACAACACGAUCCUCAAGAAUGUGGCUGCUGCUCUAGAGAAAGAAGGGACCAGCGCUUUUCGUUUUGAUUUCUCUGGUAACGGAGAGAGUGAAGGCGGUUUCAAUUACGGUAACUACAGGUACGAAGCUGAUGAUCUGCACUCCGUCAUCCAGCACUUCUCUAACGCCAACCGUGUCGUCACUACCAUUAUCGGACACAGCAGAGGAGGCAACGUGGUGCUCCUCUACGCCUCCAAGUACGGUAACAUCCGCAAUGUAAUCAGUAUAUCGGGACGUUAUGAUCUGAAAAAGGGCAUACGUCUUGGAGAUGGGUAUCUCGAAAGAAUCAAGGAGCAAGGAUUCAUCGAUGCUAAAGAGGGCAAAUCCGAGUUCCGUGUUACCCACGCGAGCUUGAUGGAGAGGUUAGAGACGGAUAUGCAUGAAGCUUGUCUCAAGAUUGACAAACAAGUCAGAGUCUUGACGGUUCAUGGUUCCGGUGAUAAGGUAGUGCCAGCGGGAGAUGCUGAGGAGUUUGCAAAGAUCAUACCUAACAACAAGCUGGAGAUUGUGAAGAAAGCUGAUCAUGGUUAUACCAAGCAUCAAACUCAACUCGUUUCAACUGUUUUGGAGUUCAUCAAGUGACAGUCAUUGAGAAAGUAGUAGUCUUUUUUUUUUUUGUUGAUUUCAGUUGUUGUUGGAUGUAUUGUUUCACCUAACGAAUACUGAAUUUACAUGAGAGUUUAAUUAA